AUGCUGAGCGCACAGCUGGUCAGGCGUCCGUUCUCCAUGGCCGGCCGCGUCUGUCUGUCCCGGAGCAGCGCGGGAUCUGGGACCGUGGGCCCCGUCGAAGCCGUCAUCCGCACGAAGUUGGAGCAGGCCCUGAGCCCCGAAGUGCUGGAGCUACGUAACGAGAGCGGCGGCCACGCGGUCCCCCCGGGCAGCGAGACGCACUUCCGCGUGGCGGUGGUGAGCUCUCGCUUCGAGGGCCUGAGCCCCCUGCAGCGGCACCGGCUGGUCCACGCUGCCCUGGCCGAGGAGCUAGCUGGGCCCGUCCAUGCGCUGGCCAUUCAGGCGCGGACCCCUGCCCAGUGGAGAGAGAACCCCCAACUGGACGCGAGCCCCCCCUGCCUGGGUGGGAGCAAGAAAACUCGAGGAAUCCCCUGA